AUGCCUAUGAACCACCUGAAAGCAGACUCUUCAGAGAUGGACUCUGAUAUGUCACCCAGCUGCAGGCUCAGUGACUUGAGCCGAGGCGGGAGUUUGGAGAGUCGGAGUAGCAGUUCUCGGUCCAGAAGUUUCACUUUGGAUGAUGAGAGCCUAAAGCACCUCACACAUGAGGAAAAGGAUGUCAUCCUAUUUUUUGAAGAAACUAUUGAUUCCCUGGAAGAGGACUUUGAGGAGGAAGUGCUGUGUGAUAGUGGUAUACAAUGCCACUCCCCACCAUCUCUAGAAGAGAGCAUUUCCAGUCACUCUGAGCCAGAAGAUGUCAUCGACUUGGUGCAACUGGUACCUGCAACUGGGGAACCUGAGCUCCCUUCACACGGGGCUCCCAUAGCAGAAGCCAAACCCAUUGAAAAGGAAGAAAUUCCUGUCCUGGAAUGCAGAAGGCAGAAUGCUGAGAAUUCUCCACCACCAGACUCCACAGUUCCAGAAAGCCUUCCUCUGCCACCUUCCUCCCCUGUCACCCCAACGUUAGCGUACCCCAAGAAAGAACUGCUGUCUUCCUGUCAUCCAGCAGAGCACCCCAAAUUACUCCGCUCCGUCCCUACUCCACUUGUUAUCGCUCAGAAAAUUUCUGAGCAAUUGGCAGGAAAUGAAGCGCUCUCUCCCACGUCUCCCUCUAAAGAGGGCAGGCCUGGAGAAUGGAGGACACUGACUUCCUUAGCCCCUCGAAAAGGAGAACACUUCCUGUGGUACAGACACAUGACGCAGCCUACACCCAAGAUUCACCGUUUCCCCAGCAAUAUCAGUGUGACCAACAGUUCAGGAAAGGAAUUCAAUAAGACCAUCUCCAAAGCAGCCGUCAAUGUACAAGAGCGUAAAGCUCAGGUCUUAGCCAACAUUAAUGGUGUCUCUUUCCUCACCUUGGGAGAAAUGGAAGAUCGGUCACAAAAGAAUGACCUCUUUGAGCAAAGGAGAAGUUUCUCUCCUGAGCAAGUGACACAUGACCAAAGCAAGCCUGGCCCUGUCAAGGAAGCUGUGUGCCCAGGGGUUGGAGGCCAGCCCAGUAGUCAGCAGUCUAAAGGCGUGCAGACAGAGCAAUCCCCAAUGUUGGCCAAUGGCUUCCAAAGCAUCCACGAAGUCCUGAAGAGUGAGCCUAGUCACUUUGUCUCUACUGGGAAGACUAUCACCAUCCGCCCAGAUCCAGCUCUUACCAAUAAACGCCAGAAUGCCAUCAAGAGCUUUUAUGAGCAGCAGCAGGCAGACUGUGGUCAGGAUGUUCGGAAGAGGUCAGGUUCUCUCCCUAGAGCUGUUGGAUUCAGACCGCAGGGCAUCACUGUUCAGUUCUCCGGCCGAGGCUCCACAGAAGCAGCUCGCCGCGAGGCCCUGAGGAAGCUCGGUCUCCUGAAGGAAAAUUUGUGA